AUGACAGACUGGGCUAUUGUUGAGGUCACCAACGUAUCAACAUUCCGCUUGAACCGACCUCCCAUCACUGAACCCAUGGACCCAAGGCAGCAGUCUCUCCCAGCCGGGCUCAAGUACAGAGCAAGUAAGAAUCACGCCAUCUCUAGAGUGGGAAUAGAUCUUGAGAAAUAUUCCUGGGUCGCUAAGGCCGGCCGCUCUACAUCCAUUUUUAUCGAUGGUUAUACUGCAGGGCAUAUCAACUGUAUGAAAGGCCGAGUGCAUUGGGACAACGGGCGAGAUACUCUCGAGACGGUUAUCAGCAACGAGCCGUCAGGGCUACAAUUUGCUGUCCGUGGCGACUCUGGGUCCAUGGUCAUCAGCCGGAACAAGGAUUGGGUGGGCCUCGUGAUAUCGGGAGAAAGUACGGGGGAUACGGCUUACUUGAUGCUCGCACAGGCCAUUAUCGACGAUAUCAAGGCCAAAACUGGGGGGACGAUCUCCCUUCCAUUAUGA